AUGGCAGCUAGUGCCGAUAGUAUCCUACGAGAGGUCAACAUCCUCGGCGACCUCAACGACCAGAACCGUCACAUCCUCAGCAAGGACGCUUGCGUGUUCCUUGCGCUCCUCCACCGCACAUUCAAUGAGCGCCGGAAAGCGCUGCUUCAGCGACGAGUAAUCCGACAAGCUGAGCUUGACAAGGGAAACCUUCUCGACUUCCUCCCAGAGACCAAGCACAUCCGUGAGAACGAUGCUUGGAAGGGCGCACCGCCAGCGCCAGGUCUCGUCGACAGGCGCGUCGAGAUCACUGGCCCGACAGAUCGCAAGAUGGUUGUCAAUGCCUUGAACUCAAAUGUCUGGACAUACAUGGCCGACUUUGAGGAUUCAUCUGCACCAACAUGGGACAACAUGAUCAACGGCCAACUCAACCUCUACGAUGCCAUCCGCAAGCAGGUCGACUUCAAGCAAGGUGAGAAGGAGUACAAGCUUCGCACCGACCGAACACUACCCACACUCAUUGCUCGCGCACGAGGCUGGCAUCUUGAGGAGAAGCACUUCACCGUUGAUGGCGAGCCCAUCUCUGGUGGACUGUUCGACUUUGGACUGUACUUCUUCCACAACGCACACGAGCUUGUCAAGCGCGGAACGGGACCAUACUUCUACCUGCCCAAGAUGGAGUCACAUCUUGAGGCUAGGCUGUGGAACGAUGUUUUCAACCUGGCCCAGGACUACAUUGGUAUGAAGCGUGGAACCAUCCGUGGUACCGUCUUGAUUGAGACCAUUACUGCCGCCUUCGAGAUGGACGAGAUCAUCUACGAGCUCCGCGAUCAUUCCUCAGGUCUCAACUGCGGCCGCUGGGACUACAUCUUCAGCACCAUCAAGCGCUUCCGCCAGAACCCCAACUUCGUCCUUCCCGAUCGCGACUCCGUCACCAUGACCUCACCAUUCAUGGACGCCUACGUCAAGCUCCUCAUCAAGACAUGCCACAGGCGCGGUGUCCACGCCAUGGGCGGCAUGGCAGCCCAGAUCCCCAUCAAGAACGACCAACAAGCAAAUGAUGCCGCCAUGGCCAAGGUGCGUGCCGACAAGCUUCGCGAGGCACGCGCCGGUCACGACGGUACCUGGGUAGCCCACCCAGCUCUCGCUGCUAUCGCAAGCGAAGUCUUCAACGAGCAUAUGCCUACCCCCAACCAAAUGUUCGUCCGUCGCGAAGAUGUCCACAUCACUGCCAACGAUCUUCUCAACAUGAACGUACCCGGCAAGGUAACCGAAGACGGUAUCCGCAAGAACCUCGACAUUGGUCUCAGUUACAUGGAAGCCUGGGUCCGCGGCGUCGGCUGCGUACCCAUUAACUACCUUAUGGAAGACGCUGCCACCGCCGAGGUCUCACGAUCACAACUGUGGCAGUGGACUAGGCAUAACGUCGAGACUGCUGAAGGCAAGAAGGUUACCAAGGACUACGCGCUCAAGCUCCUGCACGAGCAGGCUAAGGCGCUGAGUGACAAGGCGCCCAAGGGGAACAAGUUCCAUCUUGCCGCCAAGUACUUUGAGGGACAGGUUACCGGUGAGGAUUACGCUGAGUUCUUGACUUCGUUGUUGUACAACGAGAUUACGAAUGUAGGUCCGCCCAAGGGAGCCUCCAAGUUGUAA